CUAUGUGAAGAGGUCGUUUCCAGCAUAGAGGAAGCGAAGUGAUCGAACAGCUCUGUGCUUUGGCGGAGUCGUUCACGCAGCUAGCGAUCGUGGACGAGAACAUGAUCUGCAGCAUUAUGUGUGCAGCAACACUUGUCAGAGCGCAGUUAAAAUGCCUCUGCACUUCAGAUCUCUAACGGGACUGACACGCGUGAAUUUUCCGCAAUGCCGAAUGCUACACAGAGACGGGUUUGAUCGCUGCUUGCCGAGUUUAUUUCCUGACCCAGAGAAGGUUUUACAAACCCGGGGACGGAGGUUGGCUUUCACCGUGAACUCUCCCUGGAAGCGGCGCGAUCAGGUUGAGCUGAUGAUGGGAACAGAAGCUGCUCGGAAACGCGUUUGCUCCAGAACUGUGGCUGUUGAACUUCACAGUAAAAGUCGGGCAGUGACCAGGAUUUCAGUGGAGGGCAACAUUGCUGUCGGUAAAUCCACAUUUGCUGCACUGUUGGAGCAGGUGGCCAGUAAGCAAUGGGAAAUUAUUCGGGAGCCCAUAGCCAAAUGGUGCAACAUUCCAACAUCCAGCUGCAGUGAGGAGGUGUCUUGCACACAAAAGACUGCUGGUAACCUACUUCAGAUGCUGUAUCAGGAUCCCCACCGUUGGUCCUAUACCUUUCAGUCAUACUCCUGUAUGAGCCGAAUCAAGGCCCAUUUGGCACCAGUAUCUCCCAGACUACUAAAUGCAGAACAACCAGUGCAGAUAUUUGAAAGAUCAGUCUACAGUGAUAGGUAUGUAUUUGCAUCCAAUUUAUAUAAAAUUGGUUGGCUGAAUGACAUUGAAUGGACCGUCUACCAGGACUGGCACACUUAUCUUCUCAAUCAGUUUGGUAAUCGAAUAGCUUUGGAAGGAAUUAUCUAUCUUCAAGCAUCUCCUGAAAAGUGUUUGGAACGAUUACACCGAAGGGGUAGAGAUGAAGAAAAGGAAAUUCAACUGGAGUACCUGGAAGAGCUCCAUUUACAACAUGAAAACUGGCUCGUGAAACGCUGUACAGUACUGCACUUUGAACAUCUGAGGAACAUCCCAGUGUUGGUGUUGGAUGUCAAUGAGGAUUUUGAGGAUGAUAAAACGAGACGAGAAAAGCUGUUCGAAGAAGUGAAGAAGUUUGUGAACAGUCUGAAGUUGGAAAAAUGAAACACCCUUGUCAUUUUAAGAAAUUCCCUGAGUAGGAGUGAUGUAGAGUGACAGAAGACUCGGUGAUUGGGAUAAUCUUUUUAGUGUUAGUGCAUUGUUCAUUUCAAGCUCUCUUCCUUAUUUAAAUGCCUGUUACUAAGCUUGAAAUAUGCAGAAAUUAAACUCUUAUCAUGCUGACAUAUUCUCUACAGAAACAUUGCACAGUAUUCUCAUGAUGACACAAUCGAUUGGAAACCACAAGUGUUCUGGUCUCUUUGAACUAAAUAUUUUAUGCUUCAGUCUGUUCAUCCUGUCCAAUUUUGUUUAUUUUUGCUAUAAACCAUCACAACUAACCCAGGAUAAAAGCUCAUUUUUAACUUUUGCUGUUGAUUCUUAGUUUGCGGCUGAGGAUUGUGCAUCAUUAUAAUUUACUCAAUAAAAAUGCAUGGUGAAUCACUUAGGAGUAACUUUUUAGUGCCGUAUCAUCAAGUAACAGUCAAUCUCAUGUGAAAAUUUGGUCUGAACAUUUGGCCAAAAAAAUCUUCGUUUUUCAUUUUCCUCUUUUAAAAAGUCAACUGUCAGUUUUCCAAAGACACUCUGUUCGGAUUCUGCUCCUUUUUUUCCACCGUGCACUGAGAGUAAUGGAACACAGGCCAGUAUAUGAAGCAGCAGUUUUGUGGUUUACCUGAAUUAGUGCUUGAUUAAAAUAGAGGGCAAUUUCUCCACUGAGGUGCUUUGCAAGUUUUUGUUUAAUUUCUCUUAGAAAUGGCAGAAGGAAGAUUGGGGGAAAACAAACUCCAGAAUCAGUGUCAAUAGCAUGUGUGAGCUGUGAGCAAAUUGUUUAAAUUCCUCAAACUGAUCUAAGCUCACUGAUCUGUCAUAAAUAGUCCAGAGGCCCUACAGAAAAAGAAGGAUUAUUGACAUCUUUACUGAAAGAGUUUGCUGAAGAGGUGACAAAGUUGGACAGAUAAGUCGACGGAUGUUGUUACAUAGACUUCCAAAAUUAUUCUGAUCAAGUCCCUCACAAGUAACUGUUAGCUAAGGUGGAAGCCCACAGAAUUGAGGGCAUAUUACUGAUGUGGAUAGGAAAUUGGUUGAUUGUCAGGAAACAGAGUUGGAAUCAUGUUUAAGUACUGAAGUUGGCAAUUCGUGUUAGUGUCUGAAUUAUUCACAGUAUUCAUUUAACAAUUUUGAUAAUGGUAUAAAAAGUCAAAUAUCAAAUUUGCUGAUGACACAAAACUAGGCAGCAUUUUAAAUACUGUCAAUGGCAGCAUAAAAUUACAACAGGUAAAAUUACAAUUCAUAAUUGAGGUGAAUGGACAAGGUUGUGGCAGAUGGAUUUUUAGCUAAGCAAGAGGUUAUCUGUUUUGGACCUAAAAAGGAUAGGUUGGGUUAUUUUUAGAAGGCACAAAGUCAAAUACAGUGGAUGCCUAACAAGAUUUAGGGGUUCGGGUGCAUUGCUCUGUAAAAUGUCAUAAACGGAUACAGAAAAUAGUCAAGAACGCUAAUGAAAUGCUGGCCUUCAUAUUUGUGGAGCUGGAAUAUAGGAAUAAGAUGUUAUACAAAAACCUAGUUUGACACCACUUAGAAUACUGUGAGCGGAUCUGAGCACCACACUUUAGGAACGAUAGUUUGGCCCUGGAGGGAGAUCAGUGUAGUGUAAAUCAGCGAUUAGACAAAUUUGGCCUUGAGACUCCAGAAGGGUGAUUUAAUCACGGUUUUGAGGUUAUUAACAGGGAAAGACUUUUGAGUAGGAAUGAUGUAAAGUGGUAAAAGACUUGGUGACUGAGAUAUCCUUGUAGGUUUUAGUGCAUUGUUCACACCAAGCUCUAUUCUUUAUUUAAAUAGGAUUGAUAUGUCUGUUUCUUAGGUUGAAUUAUGCAGAGUCAAAGAAUUUGGGCCAUGUCAUUCAGGGGAGAUAUUAGAAAGUACUCAAACAUAGAGAGUGGAGGAUGUUUGGAACUCUCAUCCUCAAAAGGUGGUUGAUGCUAAUUCAGUUGUUUGUUUUUAAAUGAGGUCGAUAGAUUUUCAUGAAGCAAGGGCAUCAAGGAAUAUGAGCCAAAGGCAGACAUACAGAGUUAGGCCACAAAACAGCCACAAUCUUAUUGAGUGGCACAGUAAGCUCAAGGAGCUGAAUGGAGUACUCCUGUUCCUCUGUUCUAGUCCACUUACUUCUGAGUCAUGUGUGUCUGAGACUGAAACAUAAAAAAAUGUAGCAUGUUCUUUGCUUCUGUAUGAGCCCUGACCUUCAAAGUAACACCUUUUGAAAAUAUUAUUUACGUAAAAACUUAGCCCUUAACUUUUUUAGUGAAUAAGGAGUUUCACAUUUCAUUGUUAGAUAAGAAUGUGCAACAUGUAUUUUGACAAUAUUUUCUAUUGUUUAUUGGCUUAGAUUUCAGUUUUGACUGGUUCAAAUUAAGGUCAUGUCUAAGCUUUCUCAUCAGUUCAAUGUUUGUAUUUAGAGUCAGAGAUAUAUGGCACGUAAACAGAUCCUUCAGUCCAACUCAUCCGUGCUGACCACAUACCCUAUGUAAAUCUAGUCCCAUUUGCCAGCAUUUUGCCCAUAGCCUUGUAAACCCUUCCCACUCAUAUACCCAUCCAGAUGUCUCUUAAAUGUUGUAAUUGUACCAACCUCCAACACUUCCCCUGGCAGCUCAUUCUGUACAUGCACCACCCUCGGCACGAAAACAUUGCCCCUUAGGUCCCUUUUACAUCUUUCUCCCUCACCCUAAAUCUAUGUCAUGUAGUUUUGGACUCCUCCACCCCAGAGAAAAGACCUUGGCUAUUCACCCUAUCCAUGCCCCUCAUGAUUUUAUAUACCUCUAUAAGGUCAGCACUUAGCCUCCGACGCUCUAGGGAAAACAGCCCCAGGCUAUUCAGUCUCUUAGAGCUUAAACCCUCCAACCCUGGCAAUAUCCUAGUAAAGCUUUUCUGAGCCAUUUUCUGGUUUCACGACAUUCUUCCUUUGGGAUAGAGACCAGAAUUGCACGCAAUACCCCACAAGUGCCCUAACCAGUGUCCUGUACAGCCGCAACAUGACACCCAGUGCCUAUACCCAAUGCACUGAGCACUGACCAGAGGCAAGCAUAUCAAACACCUUCGCUAUCCUAUCUACCUGCAACACCACUAAAAGUACUGCAGAUGCUGUAAAUCAGGAACAAAGACUGAAGUUGCUGGAAAAGCCCAGCAGGUCUGGCAGCAUCUGUGAAGCAAAAACAGAGUUAACGUUUUGGGUCCGGUGACUCUUCUUCCGUUUGUCAAUGUUUCCUAUAUCUGUUUCUUUUGGUGUUAUUGUAGACUUAUGGUCUUAAGUGUAGCUGAAAAGAGAGUAGCCCAUAGCUUUGGAGGUUUAAAAUAAUGUCUGUAAAUGUAUUAACUUGCUGUUACAGGUUGUCACUCCUGACAGUUACUCAAUGAUUAACUUAUUGUGCAGAAUCACAAUUCUUAGUUAUCAGCUAUAUGGAUAAAACCUGGGAGUGACUUCAAUGAAAGAAUUCUUUCAAAGCAAAGAUGAUGGAGUAGAAAAUCAAAUCACUUUGAAGAUUGCAAUUCUAAUUACUGUGUUAAAAAUCCACACUGUUACAUCCCUACAGUUAGAUGGUCAAGUGGAAUAUAUGGGAUGGCAUUAAAAUUGGACACAACAUGGUGGAAACACGGGUCAGUGGGCGCUGUACCUCCUUGCUUUUCACACAGGAUUCUGGACCCAGUUUGCAAAUGUGAAUAGGGAUAGGUAGUGGUUGACGUUCGUGUAGCUUGCUGGCAAGCCAUUUCCUUACCACAAUCCUGAAUCCUGACCAUUCUCUUUGAGUUCAGUUUGGCCAGAAGCAGCAGGAAGCUUUUUAAAAUCAAUCAAAGGCUAAUUAAGACCAUUGAUAAGUUGACUGGAAUUGUUCACAUGUAUUUUGGUCCCUCAGCCAUAUGGGAAGAAUGGCAGAUCUCUUUCAGUGGCCUCCCAAUGACAGAGCAGGGGCCCAGCAAUCCACAAUCACUUUAAGACCUCCUGUCCCAUCCCAAUGUAUUUAUCAUACCCACCUGGCCACCACUGUGGCCACAGGCUGCCCACCAUAAACCUCUGUUUCCACAACAAUGAAGAGGCCACUUUUUUUCUUCAGUUUUGUAAUAAGUGCAGAGAAGGGACCUGUUACCUGCAUUGGCAGGUUGCAAAUCCUUCAGUUCUGAGCAAGCUACAGCCAAUUACUUUUGCCUGACCACUGCCACUAUGGGUGCAUUCACACAACUUAGAAAGAAUGUUGAUGAGAUCUAUGACUGCCUCCCCUUCCUCACCCAUGUUUCCUUCUUAUGCCCUGAACAGAAUUGUUUCCACCCCUUCUAAGGCUACCACACGUAAACUUUAUUGAGCAAACAGCUGUGUCUAUCUCAUUUUCCUGUCCCCUGAUCCUGAUGCUGUAACACUCGAAUAUCUUGAGGAAAAUAAAGGGAUAUCAGGAGAAGUCCAGGUGCUGGUCUAAAGGUCAGCUCGUGCAGGCUUUCUCUCCCUUCAUGUUAGUCUUGUGGUCCAUUGUUUAGGCAUCACUGUCAGUUCAGCUACAGCAUUUUGGCAGCCUUGCAAGCAGGCUCCCUUCCAGUAAGAGAGAUAUUGCUGGGAAUCCACUAUACAUGGCAGGUUAACGGAUCAGGCUUUUCAUAGGGAAGAAACUUUGUUCUUGUGCUGUUUUGCUUCUAAAGGAAAAUGCAGCUGAUGAUUUUCAUAUGCUGUAUCUGUCUUCAAUUGUGAAACUGAAUAAAAACAGUAAACAUGAACAGUUACUUCCCAAGCAUUGGGAUGAAUUAUCAUUCAGUAUACAUGCCCUGACUUUGUUCCUUGCCUGUUGAUGAGACUGCUACAUCUCAUCAUACACAAUGUUUAACUGUUCAUAAAGUCUUGAUGCUUAUGUACUAAA